GAUAAUACCCGAGCAGUCCCGAGGCCGCCAUUCGCUGGGACUCAACGCGUGCCCGGCCGAAAUACUUGUUAUUGACCAUUUCCUGUGGCAAUCUCCACAAUAAUACAUACCCUGCCGAAAUAACUGCCCCAAACUCAGAAACAAUAAGUGACAAUAAAGUGUUCGUGUUAAAAAUAUAGUAUUUUACGUUCUACAACAUCUAUUGUGCAACAGUAUGUGUGUCAUAAGCACAGUAUCAUUAGAAGCCGUUGACGGAUUACGCUAAUUAGCAUUAUAACGCUAAAUAAGUAAAUGUACAACCCACACACUACAGGAGACAUUAAGAAGAUUGACGUGUUGUAAACAAAGGCGAAAAAUCUAAUUGAAUAAGUACCUAUUAGAAGAAAUCAAAGAAAAUAAAAUAAAAAAUGCCAUCGAGUGUGCAAGAAAAUAUAGCUCUACUAAACAUGGUGUCUUCAGAUAAUCUAGAAGAUGAUUUAAAAAGUGUCCAACUGCACUUUCCUUCGGACAGACGAUUGCAGAGCGACGGCGCAUGCGUGGAGGAGAGGGUGAGGACUUCCCGCGGGGACAUCUUGGUAGCGGUUCGGGGGGACCGCACCAAACGCGCCAUUCUUACCUACCAUGACCUUGGCCUGAAUUAUGCCGCUAACUUCCAAGCAUUCUUUAAUUUUGUUGACAUGCGGGCCAUACUGGACAAGUUUUGUAUUUACCAUGUGAACGCUCCUGGACAGGAGGAAGGCGCGCCAGCUUUGCCGGAGGAUUUUACAUACCCUAGCAUGGACGGCCUCGCCUCCCAAAUAGAUUUUAUCUUGGGUCACUUUGGAAUUCGAUCGUUUAUUGGACUAGGUGUGGGAGCUGGCGCUAAUAUCCUUGCGCGGUAUGCAAUCGCGAAUCCGCAAAGAGUCGAUGCUUUGGCUUUGAUCAACUGCACCUCUACACAGGCCGGAUGGACUGAAUGGCUGUAUCAAAAAAUUAAUACACGGCAGUUGCGAUCGAGUGGCAUGACUCAAGGUGCCUUGGACUACUUGAUGUGGCAUCAUUUUGGACGUAGCACGGAGGACCGCAAUCACGAUCUUGCUCAUGUUUACAAAGAAUGCUUCUCUCAUGUGAACCCUACUAAUUUAUCAAUGUUCAUCGACUCGUAUCUCCGCCGCAGCGAUUUGAGCAUCGCUCGUGAAGGAAAUACGAUUAAGAUUCCUGUUUUGAAUAUGACGGGAGCGCUGUCACCUCAUGUUGAUGACACCGUGACUUUUAACGGUCGUUUGGACCCAACGAAGACGUCUUGGUUGAGCUUGUCUGACUGUGGAAUGGUAUUAGAGGAGCAGCCUAAUAAGAUAGCGGAGGCUUUCAGGCUGUUCCUGCAGGGCGAGGGCUACUGCAGGUAGUCAUGUUGCGGACGAGUCACGCGCAGCGCUGCUAUUCCUAGAAUGCACUGAUGCUUACACGCGAGCUUUACAACACUGUUGUAGUCACAUUGAUGGUGUAGAAACAAAUCGUUGUUCCUUCUGUUUAGAUAUUUAUGGAAAUAAAUUUUAUUUUAUGGCUUA